UGUUUCGAUGAUGGUAAUGAGUUUUGUAUCGACGAGGACGACAUACUUUCAGUGGAUCUUUUACCGGGGACCUUUUUGUUUGCGGAUCAACAAGUAAGCGAUAACACAACGAAAGAUUCUGAGAGUGAAGUGGUAGAUGGAUCCAUUUACAAAGCGCUAAGUGAAAUGGAAUAUCACAGGAAAAAGAUGAAUGAAUACUUGUGUCACGGUUACAUGGCUGAGGAAAUAGUAAAAGUAAUGAAGUCACCUAGAACUAAAAGAAGACUCGAUAUGACAGAACAGGGUGAUACGUAUGAUUUAAUGGACAACGAUAAUGUCACUGUUCACGACAAAUUGUUGGCGGACGAAGGUAGUUCAAAAUACAAAAACUGGCUACAAAGAAGGACAACCUUGGACGACGUGUAUCGACAUUAUAUCCCACAAAAGAAAAUGAAAAAGAAGCUCGGUGUUCACAACGAAAAUUUCGAUGAAUUCGAUGGUGAGGUUACUGGCUACGCGAUGCAAGCCCCUUUACCUUCCGGUAAAGUAGGUCUCUAUGGAGAACAUAACGAAGACGAGGAUCACAUGCUUUCAUCCUCUUCGGGACACAAUAUUUAUUAUGGUCCUGCCUACGUCCCUGCUUACGGUCACGGCGGUGAGCAUUAUGUCCAUCAUACUGAAACCUUUCCCGCUGUACACGAGGAACACUACUACACUGCCCCUAUCUAUCAUGAUCAGGAAGAAGAUUACUAUAAACCUUCCUACAAAGGAAAGGGAAAUGAUCUAUCGAUAAAGGACUUCUUUGAGAUUGCUCUCACUGCUCUGGCGUUUCUAGCCUUUGGGUUAUUCAUUAUACAAUUGCUAAUGAAUGCCACGACCAACAUGAAUACCACCAUGGCGACAGUGACUACGGUUAGACGCGUGAAGAGAAAUACCGAUGGAUUACCUUUAUCAUAUGCUAGCCACGAAGAUUUGAACGAGUUGUCUUACAGUGUCCUAAGAAGUAUAGAGGCCGCUCUUGUCGCUGACAUGGAUUCCGGUAACUGUAUUCGCAGAGUCCUUUGCGAAAAUAAUCAACGCUCUACACAGAUUAAAGAUGCACGUAAAAUUUGGGUACCUGUUUGGAGUUUAGGAAUGAGUUGGGUAUCUGGCAGGAUGUUAAAGAAAUCUCCGUGGUCGGCAAUGUUGGAUUCUGUAAAAGCUUCUAUUCUCGGCCUGGGUGGCGCUGACUGUUCUCUCUUGUAUCCUGACUGCGAUCUGAAGAAGGAAAGAAGCAAGAGACGUAGAAGACGUAGAAAGUAA